GCUCGUCAACCUGCUUCCGACAUUCGUGGCUAGCGAGCUUGAAUCGGCUACAUAGCCUUCAGUAAUGCCUUCCAGCGUUGCUCUACCUCAGUGACAUUACGUCUGUAUUACUUAACAAUAACUGUCGCGGGCAAUGGGUCUGCAGCAGAGCUCGUUCUUGUCGGGGAACGUGGGAACGCACAGUGGAUAUCAUGUCCACGGGGUUCAAGAUGACUCGCCAGCUCUGAGGUCUGGUCUGGAGCCCUUCUUUGACUUCAUUCUCUCCAUAGGAAACACACGCCUUAAUAAAGAAAGUGACUUGCUGAAAGAUCUUCUAAAAGCCAAUGUGGAGAAAGCAGUCAAACUUGAAGUGUACAACUCUAAAAGUCAGCGGAUGAGGGAACUGGAGGUGGUACCCAGUAACAUGUGGGGUGGUCAGGGUCUACUGGGCGCCAGUGUCCGCUUCUGCAGCUUCGAAGGAGCCAAUGAGAACGUUUGGCACGUCCUGGAUGUGGAAGCCAAUUCUCCUGCAGCAUUGGCCGGCCUCAUUGCCCACGAUGACUUCAUAGUAGGAGCUGACCAGGUGUUGCAAGAUUCAGAGGAUUUCUUUUCUAUGAUUGAAGCCAAUGAGGGGAAACCUCUGAAGCUGCUGGUGUACAACAAACAGACCGACCAAUGCAGAGAGUUGUUGGUGACUCCAAAUGGUGCAUGGGGAGGAGAGGGAAACUUAGGCUGUGGCAUUGGCUAUGGCUACUUGCACAGAAUCCCAAUGCGUCCAGCUCUGCCUCAAUCCUCUGUGAUUGACCUGGAAGAGCUGGUUGCAAGCGACCCCGCUGAGGUGCCUCCAGUGGAGGCAUGUAGCCCCUGUAGCGUCGGGGAAAUAGAUUUGAAUCAAAUCGAAGAAGCUUUGCAGGACAUGUGUACACACUCGUCAACUCAGCCAGAUGUGGACUUAGAUCUUUCCAACAUACCCAAAGCAAUUACUCCAGACUUGUCCGACACGUUUUCCACCGUUGAUAUGGGCCAGAGCUCCAUGUUGGCUAAUUAUGGAGACGACUCUGGUGAUCAGUGUAGCUUCGAUAACUCAUCUGUUGACCAAAUACCUUCAUGCCUAGAGAGGGACGAGGAAUCAGACAUCCAGGAGACGGAGCGUGAGGAUGCCUUUGACCCGAUCACUCGCACUUCUCUGAGCACAGAGGGUGACCUUGCAGGCCUUGAGUCACUACAGAGCACCUGAGUGACGCGAGUAUCCCAGAGGUGCAACAUCCUAGUUCUGAGCCCUCAAGCUCAGUGAAUAUUAUUGAAGAAGAGACGUCUGAGACUGAUGCGUCCGACAGCUAGGAAGGCCAGAGGAUGAGCGAUCUGUUCAACUCGUAACUGAUUAAUCAUUAGAGGGGAUUCAGAGCACAUCCAGAUACAGAACGCUUCCAUUAUGAUUGUAAGUUACAUCACCGCAACUAUGUUUUCAUUUCUAAGAGUUUAUUUUUAUUCAGGUGCCAUUGCUGCAUGCUGAAUUGCACAUUUCAGAGAGAUAGUAAGCUGACAGGAAAUAAUGUACUCUUUAAUUUCGGCAUACUGUUUCAACAUAAAGUAUGACGCCUGAGUUGAUUCUUAGCUGCUGGUUAAAGUCAUCCUAGUUUGCACUAAACAGUCAAAGGGGAAUAGUAUUUGAUUAUAUAUUAUGUUUUGUAGUUGCUCUGACGAAAUCACCUGCUGAAUAGUAUGAAACGCUGUGAGAAAAAAACAAGUUUGAGCUGGAGAUCCAUCAUGUGGUUUCGUUUGGGGUGGAGGAUUUUAUUUUUGAGAUGAGUAUACGGGAAAAGAUUUCUUAAUCUCAGGCAUUUACCAUUUAUGCCACUUGGCCUUGCGUUUCAUUUUAAAUACCCGCCUUAUUACCCGGUUUGACAUUUGAUUGGUGUGAAUGAGUGAGCCAUGAUUGAUGCAGCUCUCUCAUUGUAUUCCGUUUCUUCUCUUUAUAUCGGUUUUUAAUUAAUUUAUGUUUCCGAUUUUAAUGGAUGGACAAAACUAAAUCAAUAAUUUAUAAAAAGAUGUUCAAGAUAAACCUGCAGUAGUCUUUUUUUACCCUAGUUGGUGUAUGAAUAACUACAAUGAUUAAGUCUCAGCAUUUAGUGUAACCACUGAAGAUAAGUAUAUAUAUAUAUAUUUCACUCUUUACAUGUUAUACAAUCUUGACGUCACUUCAUGCUUUGAGACAGCAGGUGUCAGCAGACACCUCAUUAUAGGUCAGGAAUCAGUGUUCUGCCAUUAAAAAUUGCUGUCAAAUUGUAGGCGGUCUGCAUCAUAUCAGCAAUAAGGAAUGGCGACAUGAAGCCGUUCUAUAUAUGUGAAAGAAAGUCAUCUCCUCUGUGAACUCUUCAGGGAUUUGUUUGUUUCGGUGGAGCAGGAGCAGCUCGCAUACGGAGGGAAACGUGACAGCGCUGAUGCUCACACAGCCAGUGACAUGAUGCAUCAUUUGUACCAUUCAUAUCUUCCAAUGCUGCAUAGAUAUAGCUUCAUUACCUUCUGGGUUUGCUGGGAAAUCCCUCUUCAGCAGCAAAUAGGAGAUAUAAACAAAAAGAAUACAGAUAUUCAGACAUAAGAUGGUUCUUUUGCUCGUGAUGUAAAGACCUUUUGUUUGCAUUUAAUGUUUCUAUUUGAUCUCACCCCCUGUGGAUCCUUGGGGUAUGCAGCAUCAACCAUUACUGAUAGCACUCACACUCACACACACACACACACUAUAAUGUAUUCUCUCUUUUGCUAUCCUUUGUAAUUAUAUAUCAGAAUAACUGAAUGAGACCCAGAAAAUGCAAAAAAAGAAAAAAGCUUAGCAGCGAAGCUACAGUAACAGAGGGAAUACGCUUCAAUUAUUUACUGGGACCCUCCUCAGUUGAAGCGGGGGAUGGGCAUUAAGGGAGAGAAAAGACUGUGUGGGAAGAAAGAGAUGCGUUUGUCUUCAUCCAGCAGCGAGCCAGCGCUGCUCCUCUGGAACACCUGUAUGUGUGUUAUAUUUCUGAGAUGAAUAUGUCGCAGCUCAGUGGCUUUAACUCUGCCUGCACUCUGAAAUGUAACAUUAGCAUUGUUUUUGCAGAAGAAUAAAUGCCUCAAAUCGACAGCA